CUGCGCGGUGCCCGGUUGAGGAAGUGCCGCCGGUGUCCGUGCCCGCCGCUCUCCGUCCGGUUCCGCCGCCCGGGAUGUGCUGAGGGCGCGUCCGCCGCCCCUCCCAGGCGUGAAUGACAGAGGAGGUGCCGCCGAGCGCCCUGACGGAUGUGACCCUGCGCCUGCUGUGCCACGAUGACAUAGACACGGUGAAGCAGCUCUGUGGAGACUGGUUCCCAAUCGAGUACCCUGACUCAUGGUACCGAGACAUCACUUCCAACAAGAAGUUCUUUUCCCUCGCAGCCACCUACAGAGGCUCCAUCGUGGGGAUGAUCGUGGCAGAGAUCAAGAGCAGGACCAAGGUGCACAAGGAGGAUGGAGAUAUCCUAGCUUCCAAUUUCCCUGUGGACACUCAAGUUGCUUACAUCCUAAGCCUUGGAGUGGUGAAGGAGUUCAGAAAACAUGGAAUAGGUUCCCUCUUGCUUGAGAGCCUGAAGGAUCACAUCUCCACCACUGCCCAGGACCACUGCAAAGCCAUCUACCUGCACGUGCUCACCACCAACAACACAGCAAUAAACUUCUAUGAGAACAGAGACUUUAAGCAGCACCACUACCUGCCCUAUUACUACUCCAUCCGAGGGGUCCUCAAAGAUGGCUUCACCUACGUCCUGUACAUCAACGGUGGGCACCCACCCUGGACAAUCUUUGACUACCUACAGCACAUUGGCUCCACACUGGCCAGCCUGAGCCCGUGCUCCAUCCCCCAGAGGAUCUACAGACAGGCCCAGAGCCUCCUGUGCAGCCUCCUGCCCUGGUCUGGCAUUUCUGCCAAGAGCAGCAUCGAGUACAGCCGGACAAUGUGACGGACGGGGCGCACGGGGAGCGCAGGAUUGUUUCUCCUUCCACCUGACACCCGGCUCUGCACUGGUUCCAGUGAUGACAGCUCUUGGCCGGUGACCCAGCCCCCGGACGGGACUCCCUGUUCCUCAGGGCCUGACCUUUGGUAGAACUUCACCCUUGGGGCUGCAGCCCCGGCUCCCAACGUGGGCGGGGCAGGCCGGGCCGGGCGGGCCUCGGGUGUCACACUCCAUGUGCCCUGGGUGUCACCACUGGGUGUGCUCUGGGUGUCACACUCGGUGUGCCCUGGCUGUCACCACUGGGUGUGCUCUGGUGUCACCACUGGGUGUGCCCCAGCUGUCACCACUGGGUGUGCCCUGGGUGUCACACUCGGUGUGCUCUGGUGUCACCACUGGGUGUGCAUGCUGCACUGUCCCCGCCUCUCCCCUCGGUCUGCUCCUCCCAUACCCGCGAUCGAUGUCGGGGGUUCAGCUGCUGCUCCCGCUCCAUCCACAGCUGCUGAGAGCAGCCGCAGGGGGUUCAUGGGUCUGCACUGAGGAACCACUGAAACGGACUGGGAGAGCCCAGCUGCCCAGAGGCUGCCCUUGCAGCUGGGGCAGGGCAAGGGAGGGAUGGGAAUCAUGUUUAGGUCCUGCCACAUCAGCUGCUGGUGCAUCCUGUGGGAACUUCCAGGGAGAGCAACUGCCUCGCAUGAGAACCCACCCAGCCCCACCAGCCCUCUGGAGUGAUGUAAAAAGAAGCAUAUAAUUCAGGAUGCAUAAAGUAGAAGGCAGGGAAUGAAAUUGCUAUUUCAUAGUGAAAUAUAUAUGUAUUAUACUGUAUAGAUCUUUCUGCCUUUGUCCAGGAUGGAAUGUAGCAGGGGAGGGGAGCUGGGAGUGUAGAGUCUGGUCCAGAGCCCUUCUCCCUUCCUUGGCACCAGGCUGGACUUUGCAGGAUCUGGAGGGAUGGGAUGGGAUGUGUGCACAGCUCCCAGCAGCUUUCCCUUGCUGAGGAAGGUGCCCCAGCUGCUCAGUGUCCUGCCCUGGGCUGUGCUGGGCAGGCUCUCAGUGCCCCUGUCCUGUCCAGGAGCCUCUGGCUGCACUGAGUGGCCCAUGUGCAGCCAGGCCGGGGCCCUGCUCUAUCCAUGGCAAAUCCCCCUUCCCUGGCCAAGGCUCUUCCCCUGCUCAGCACCAUGUUCCUGAUUCCAACCUCAUUUUUAACUGGGACUGGAGCAGAGGGAUCCGUGCCAGAGCAGGGCUUGGAUGGGCUGGCACUGCCAGCUGUGCCAGGGGCUGGGCAGCCCUGGGGGUGACACAUGGCGCAGGCUGGGCCUUAGAGGAGCCAACAAGCACCUUGCAGCCUGGGUGGGCACAGGAAGCCCUGUCAGUGCCCAGCCCCGGGGUGGGAGCUCACUGUCUCACUAAUAAAAGGAUGCAGGAGGUGAGCAGCUGUGAGUGGUGCCAGGCUGGAGAGCAGCUGGCACAUUUGGUGUCUGGGAGCAGCACCAGGCUCUUCUGGGAGGGGCUGGUCCUCCUGGGCUCAAAGACAAGGCAAAGGGGUGUUUAUGAGGAGUCAGACAGGGCAGUGAUGGAAAGCCCAGCCUGUGAGACCCUCAAGCCCCAAGGUGCCAGGGCUGCCCUCGUGGAGGCCUCUUCCAUCCCAUGCCAUCCCUGGCUCCCCUCUAGUUGAGCAGUGCCAGUGGCACUGGGCAGGCAGCUCCUCCCAGCCCCAGAGCCUCUCAGGGCCCCUGACACCCUUCCAGCCUCACUUGUUACCAGUUUGGGGAAUUUUUGCUUAUCCACUUUUCCUUAUCACAUCUGUUGGGGUUUAGAGUUUCUUUAGCAGCCCAAGCCUGUUUUUCCUCAGCACUUGCUUUCUCUGGACCAGAAUGAAGCCGUUCUCUCCUGACUGCCUGAGGCUGAUGUGUGUCUGUGUCCCCAGUUCCUCCCCUGCCCCUCACACAACCCAACUCCACUACUCGAGCACGUCCCAAGGGAGCUGUGACUGGUCUGUGUGUCCUCCUACCACCCUGUCCUGAGGUGUCAGCCCUGUCCCCCCCCCUUAGCCCAUUAUUUAUUGAAGAACCUCUCUCUAAACAUCUUCAAUUAAACCAAACCUCUUUUUUGAGUUGUC